UACUCUCAUUUGUUCCCUUCCCACUACCCAGCAUGCUAGUCGGUGCGCACUGAUCCACUGAUACUGUAGGUAAUAUGGCGGCCGUCAGUAAAUACCUGACAGCUAAAAACUCUUCGAUAGCUGGUGGAGUCCUACUCGUUUUAUACAUCCUGAAGCAAAGAAGACGAAGAGGAGGCAAGUCAAGCGGUAAAAACGGGGUCUCAGAACUGGUGUUGAGCAAUGAAGACAAAGCAGCGAAGAAAGACCGGGCGGCGGUGGACUAUGUCUUCUUCCUCAGAAUCAGCAAGAUUAUCCGGAUCAUGGUGCCUCGGUGGUUCUGCAAGGAGACAGGAUACCUUCUCCUGAUAGCUGCCAUGUUGGUGGCCAGGACAUAUUGUGAUGUCUGGAUGAUCCAGAACGGAACCAUGAUUGAAAGCGCAAUUAUCGGUCGUUCCAACGUCGAUUUCAAGAACUACUUGUUCAACUUUUGCAAAGUCAUGCCACUUAUUGCAUUGGUGAAUAACUUCUUGAAGCUGGGUCUGAAUGAGCUGAAGCUGAGGUUCAGAGUGAGGCUAACCAAACACCUCUACGACGAGUACCUCAAAGGAUACACGUACUACAAAAUGGGCAACCUGGAUAACCGUAUCGCUAACGCCGACCAGCUGCUGACUCAGGACGUAGAGAGGUUCUGUAACAGCGUGGUGGACCUCUACUCCAACCUCAGCAAGCCUCUCUUGGACAUUGGACUGUACAUCUUCAAGCUGACGUCUGCCAUCGGUGCCCAGGGCCCAGCGAGUAUGAUGGCCUACCUGCUGAUCUCAGGCCUGUUCCUGACCAGACUGCGGCGACCCAUCGGUAAGAUGACGGUGACAGAGCAGCGCUACGAGGGAGAGUACCGAUAUGUCAACUCACGACUCAUCACCAACAGUGAGGAGAUUGCCUUCUACAACGGGAACAUGAGAGAGAAACAGACGAUUCACGCAACAUUUAAGAAACUGGUCGACCAUUUACACAAGUUUAUCUUCUUCCGCUUCUCCAUGGGCUUCGUGGACAGCCUGAUCGCCAAGUACAUAGCCACUGUGGUGGGCUACCUGGUGGUGAGUCGACCCUUCCUCAACCUAGCCGACCCCCGUCACAUGAACAGCAGCCAACCUGAGCUGCUGGAAGAUUACUACCAGAGUGGCAGGAUGCUACUGAGGAUGUCCCAGGCUCUGGGAAGGAUCGUACUGGCUGGUAGAGAGAUGACCAGGCUCUCUGGGUUCACCAUGCGUAUCACGGAGCUCAUGAAGGUUCUGAAGGAACUGAACUCUGGGAAGUACGAGCGCACCAUGGUCUCUCAUCAGGACAAGGAAUCAGAAGCUGUAGAAAGAGUCCCGCUGGUCCCGGGCAGCGGACAGAUCAUCAACGUUGACCACAUCAUCAAGUUUGAACACACACCACUAGCAACACCCAAUGGAGAUAUCCUGAUCAAGGACCUGACCUUUGAAGUGAGGUCUGGUACCAACGUGUUGGUGUGUGGGCCCAAUGGUUGUGGCAAGAGUUCACUCUUCAGAGUCCUGGGAGAGCUCUGGCCUCUGUUUGGAGGACAGCUGACCAAGCCUGAGAGAGGGAAGCUUUUCUAUGUUCCUCAGAGACCGUACAUGACCCUUGGCACGCUGAGGGAUCAGGUGAUUUACCCUGACACCUAUGAGGAACAGAAGAGAAAAGGAAUCUCUGACCAGGUGUUGAAGGACUACCUGGACAAUGUCCAGCUGGGUCACAUCCUGGACAGGGAGGGGACCUGGGACACUGUACAGGACUGGAUGGACGUCCUCAGUGGAGGAGAGAAGCAGAGGAUGGCGAUGGCCCGAUUGUUCUACCACAAGCCCCAGUUUGCCAUCUUGGAUGAGUGCACCAGUGCUGUAAGUGUUGACGUGGAGGACUUCAUCUACAGCCACUGCAGAACGGUUGGCAUCAGUCUGUUCACUGUCUCUCACAGAAAGUCUUUGUGGAAACACCAUGAGUACUACCUUCACAUGGACGGGAGAGGGAACUACGACUUCAAACCCAUCACCGAGGAGACCAUUGAGUUUGGCUCCUAGACGACCAACACAACACACAACAUCAUUUGACCUAGAGAAAGUUGCUCACUAAUUCUGCACUUAAAACAGGGUUAUUUCAAAAACUUGUUUUAUGUUAGUUUUCUUUUUGACAAAGCUGUAUUUAAAAGCUCUUGUUAGUCACGGUGAUUGUAUAUAACUUGUCAUUUAUGGUCCAAAUUGGUCUAAACUCAUGUAGAUUACAGAAUGGGCUAAUCCAAUCCAGAUGAAUUAUGUUUGUGUUAUACAACUGUGAACUGAAUCAUGCUUCAUAAUGAUUAAGAUGAGUUAGCCCCUACAGAGGACUCUUAUCUGAUGAAUUAACACAGGGAGGUGGAGCCCAGGUGAUAGUUUAGUGGUCUAUUAGACAAGUCACUGAGGGCAGGUAACAGUAUAACCGCUAUCUUGUAUUUUUUUUAAGGUAUAUGUAUAAUAUGCAAAUGAAGGUGCUCGUUUCCUCUGCUGGGGUGAAAUCCUUCCAUGUGCUUUCCUAGUCUGGUCCCUGAUAUGUUUGUACUGUCUGGGACCAGGCUAGUCCAUCUAGGCCUUUCCUAGCCUGGUUGCUGAUCUGUUUGUACUGUCUGGGACCCGGCUAGUCCAUCUAGGCCUUUUGUAUCCUGGUCCCUGAUCUGUUUGUACUGUCUGGGUCCAGGCUAGUCCAUCUAGGCCUUUCCUAGCCUGGUUGCUGAUCUGUUUGUACUGUCUGGGACCCGGCUAGUCCAUCUAGGCCUUUUGUAUCCUGGUCCCUGAUCUGUUUGUACUAUCUAGGACCAGGCUAGUCCUAUGCCUUUUUGUAUCCUGGUCCCUGAUAUGUUUGUACUGUCUGGGACCAGGCUAGUACUAUGCCUUUCGUAGCCUGGUCCCAUGUUCUGAUUGUACUGUCUAGGACCAGGCUAGUCCUCCUAGGCCUUGGGUUAUGAAGCCUGACCUACUGUAGAGUAAAGAGGAAGUGUUGCCUGAAGCUGGAGAAUCCCUGUCCCCAGGUGCUUCCUCUGUGGCUUUUUCUCAGUGUGUCUAUCAGCGUGUCCUCACCUCCCUCUGAAAACACAUUGAAAGAGAAGGUCUGAGGAGAGAAACUUUGGAUCUUCUCCAAUGCAAAUUUUCGAGAAAGAGAUGAGGGAAAAGGCCAAUGAGAGGAGCCCGGUGUGUUCGAGGGGAAGGGACCGAGCAAGGCUCUGAAUCACUCAUUUACAAAUCAUCUAUCACAAAUAAGUAUCUGCACGGCACUCGGUUUAAUCCCCUGGACCACGUCUCCUUUCUUAAGCAUUACGUACAUAAUCAGUCGUUCUCCAGCUGCUUGUAGCAGUAUGUGGACUUGGCACUAGAUGACUGAUCAGUUGAUGUAUGAGAAUUGUAUGAAAUGUGACAUGUGUUGCUCUUCCUUGGAUCAGGGUGGUGCAGUUGAUCUGCAGACACCCAGAAGGCUUCCUUCUUUAUCACAGCAGCAACUACUACUAUAAUAUACUGACUGUAGCAAUGGUGUUAGUCUGUUGUUGUUUAAAAAGUGAACUGUAAAGAAACAGGCUCUGUAGAACUCAUGGUUAUAUAGGAGAGAGACUGUAAUAUAGUGAUUUGACUCUAAAAAAAAAAAAAAAAGUGCAUGAACCUGCAAUAAACUGUAU